AAGAUGACAUCGCGCCGCUAACCUCUAAAUUCAUGCUUUUCUUGUGACAAAUUGUGAAAUUUUCCCAGCAAAAAUAGUGGAAAACCCCCAGAAAUACACAAUGGAUUUCCUCGAGAUGAGUGAUAUUCAGGCGGAGAUUAAGGGAUGCAUGACUCCCGGCCGCUUGAAAAUGACGGACCAGAGUAUCAUCUUUAAGAACAACAAAACCGGCAAGGUGGAGCAAGUGAAUGCUGCCGAUAUGGACUUUGUGAACUUUCAGAGAUUCGUGGGAACGUACGGAAUAAGAAUCUUCAUGAAAAACGGCACUCUGCAUAGAUUCAGUGGCUUCAAAGAGGGCGAUCAGGAGAAGAUUGCCAACUUCUUCAAGACCAACUACAAGAAGGAGAUGUUGGAGAAGGAGCUGUCCCUGAGAGGCUGGAACUGGGGUACCGUUCACUUCACCGGUUCAGUAUUAAGUUUCGACGUGGAGAAGAAGACAAGCUUUGAAAUCCCACUCAAUCACGUUUCGCAGUGCAACACGGGAAAGAAUGAGGUGACGCUGGAGUUUCACCAAAACGACGAUGCCCCGGUGAGCCUUAUGGAGAUGCGAUAUCACAUUCCCACAACUGAAUCCAGCGAUAUCGAUCCUGUGGACAGUUUCUACCAGAAUGUCAUCAAUAAGGCAUCCGUGAUCUCAGUGUCUGGCGAUGCUAUUGCCAUUUUCCGCGAGAUUCACUGUCUCACACCUCGUGGUCGGUACGACAUAAAGAUCUUCCAGACAUUCUUUCAACUCCACGGCAAGACGUUCGACUACAAAAUUCCCAUGUCAACCGUCUUGAGGCUCUUCUUGCUGCCUCACAAGGACAACCGGCAGAUGUUCUUUGUGUUGUCUCUGGAUCCGCCCAUCAAGCAGGGCCAGACGAGGUAUCACUACCUCGUGCUGCUCUUCCAGAUGGAGGAGGAAACCAGCAUCGAGCUGCCGUUCUCCGAGGAGGAUCUCAAGAACAAGUACGAGAAUAAGCUGACGAAAGACCUCUCCGGUCCAGUGUAUGAAGUGAUGGGAAAAAUCAUGAAGGUCUUGAUCAAUCGCAAACUCACCGGUCCAGGAUCAUUUGUCGGCCACUCUGGAACGCCUGCCAUCAGUUGCUCCUUCAAGGCAGCCGCGGGUUAUCUGUAUCCUCUAGAGCGAGGCUUUAUCUAUGUCCACAAACCGCCCAUUCACAUCCGCUUCGAGGAGAUCUCGUCGGUGAACUUUGCCCGCAGUGGAGGCUCCACCAGGAGUUUCGAUUUUGAGAUUGAGCUCAAGUCUGGCACUCAGCACACGUUCAGCAGCAUCGAGAAGGAGGAAUACAACAAACUCUUUGAGUUUAUCGUCGCGAAAAAGAUCCACGUGAAGAAUACCAACAAGAAUGACAAGAACACAUACAAGGAUGACUUCAGUGAUUCGGAUAAUGAGAAUGAACCGGAUGCGUAUCUGGCCAGAGUGAAGGCGGAGGCCAAAGAGCGCGAUGAGGACGAUGACGAGAGCGGGUCGGGUGAGGAGUCCACGGAUGAGGACUUCAAUCCAGUGGAGCCAGAAUCUGACGUGGCUGAAGAGUACGACAGCAAUGCGGAGUCGGAUUCAUCGGACGACUCAGAGGCAGGAUCUGAUGAUGCGGAGAAGAGUAAGAAGAAAAAGAAGAAGGAAAAAGAGAAGAAGCGCGAGAAGAAGUCCUCCAGUUCGUCUUCGAAGCCCAGGAAGAAGAAGGAGCGCGAUGAUGGGAAACCCAAGAGACCCACGACGGCGUACAUGCUGUGGCUGAACGACAAUCGUGAGAAGAUUAAGAAGGAGAAUCCAGGAAUCAAGGUGACAGAGAUUGCCAAGAAGGGAGGAGAAAUGUGGAAUGCACUCAAGGAUAAAUCGGUGUGGGAGGAGAAGGCUAACAAGGAGAAGGAGAAGUACAAUGAAGCGAUGAAGAACUACAAGGCCGAGGGUGGCUCAAAGGCAAAGAAGGAGGGCGGAGACAAGGGUAGCAAGCGCAAGAAGGAAGCGUCGCCCAAGAAGGGCACCAGUAUGACAGGAAGUGGCUUCAAGAGCAAGGAGUACAUCUCCGAAGAGGACUCGACCAGUGCAUCUGAUGAGGACAAGGGAAAGAAGAAGUCGAAGAAGGAGGACAAGGACGAGAAGGAAUCAUCGGAGAAUGAGAGUUCAGGUGGUGAGGAGAGUGAUUAAGUUCACAUAAUUCUUUGAUAUUUGCCUAUUGAUGUAUGAAGUAAAAUAAAUUUCUAAAUAAAGCGCAAAUGUGCAGAGGAUAUUAUCUAUUCCUCAUCGAAAGGA